AUGUUCUCCCUGCGGACCGCGCAGCCUGCGCAAUCUUUCCUCCGUCGCGCUGCGGCCACUCCCCUCGCCCGCGCUUCGGUCCCUGCUAGAUCUUUCGCUUCCGUUCAGUCCGACAUCUUCAAGCCCACCAAGUAUGGCGGCAAAUACACCGUGACCCUCAUCCCAGGUGACGGAAUUGGUGCCGAAGUCGCCGAGUCAGUCAAGACCAUCUUCAAGGCCGACAAUGUCCCGAUCGAGUGGGAGCAGGUCGAUGUCAGCGGUGUCGACACCGGUAACAAGCAUUCGGAGGAGCUGUUCAAGGAGUCCAUCGCCUCCCUCCGUCGCAACAAGCUCGGUCUGAAGGGUAUCCUCUUCACCCCCGUCGAGCGCUCCGGUCACCAGUCCUUCAACGUCGCUCUCCGUCAGGAACUCGAUAUCUUCGCCUCCAUUGUUCUCAUCAAGAACAUCCCCGGAUACGAGACCCGCCACAAGGACGUCGACCUCUGCAUCAUCCGUGAGAACACCGAGGGAGAGUACUCCGGUCUGGAGCACCAGUCCGUGCAGGGAGUCGUCGAGUCCCUCAAGAUCAUCACCCGCGCCAAGUCGGAGCGCAUUGCCAAGUUUGCAUUUGGCUUCGCCCUGGCCAACAACAGAAAGAAGGUUACCUGCAUUCACAAGGCCAAUAUCAUGAAGCUGGCCGACGGUCUCUUCCGCAGCACCUUCCACAAGGUUGCCGAGAACUAUCCCACUCUGGAAGUGAACGAUAUGAUUGUCGACAACGCCUCCAUGCAGGCUGUCUCUCGCCCCCAGCAGUUCGAUGUCAUGGUCAUGCCUAACCUGUACGGUGGCAUCCUGUCCAACAUCGGCUCUGCCCUCGUUGGUGGUCCCGGUGUUGUGCCUGGCUGCAACAUGGGUCGCGAUGUCGCUGUGUUCGAGCCUGGCUGCCGUCACGUUGGUCUGGAUAUCAAGGGCAAGGACCAGGCCAACCCCAGUGCCAUGAUCCUCUCCGGCUCUAUGCUUCUCCGUCACCUCGGUCUGGAUGACCACGCGAACCGCAUCUCGAAGGCUGUCUACGACGUUAUUGGUGAAGGCAAAACGCGGACUCGCGACAUGGGUGGCGUGGCCACCACUCACGAGUUCACCAGAGCCGUCCUCGACAAGAUGGAGGCUGCUCUGUAA